AGUGGGAAACAACAAAAAUACACUCGCAUUGGAGCUCAGGAGUACGUUCCUUUUGAGCAGGACGAGCUUUCUAUUCACAACAUCAAGGACGCCUGUCAAAAGCAUUUCGGGCCCCAAAUUGAGAAAGAUCUUGUUUGUGAUGUGUUAGCGGGAGAGCGUGGACCAUCAUGUAACAAGAUGGCUCAAAUUCCAAACAAAAAAGUGUUUUACGUCCGGUUUGUUAAACCAGAAGGGGAACUUGAGGAAGAAGAGAAUCGCAGCCGUGGGCCCAAGAGAGCUCGAUAUGAUAAGGCUUCAACAACUAGUUCACUUCCAAGUCCUAAGAAGCAGUAUGGGAGUCUAGUCAGUAAAGUUUACCCAAAAAGCCUCUCAGUUGUAGAAAUGUUAAAGCUGGGGAAUGUCAUUGCAAAGAAGACAACGACCAUUAUUGAUAUCUUCACAUUUAACAUCGAGCAUAUGGAAUGGUCCACUGCUCCAAUGACUGUAGAAUUUAGGAUAGCUGACAAGCCAUUUGCAUCUGGUGGAUUUAGAGAGGCAUUCAAAGCCACUAGUGACACUCUUGGAUUUAGCGGGGUGACUUGGGUCAUCAAAAAAUACCUGAAGGGUACUUUGGAUGAUAUUAUUAAAACAAAUCAGACUGUUGAGAGUCACACAAGAAAGGCUGUGCAGAUGCAUCAUUUAGCCAGAAAUUUCACAUCCCAAUUGAAAGAGAAAGUGGAAAAGGAAACAUUAACAGAGUUUGGCGUUACCUUUCACUAUAAGAAGGUAUUCCUAGGCAAGAUGAGUGAGGGUGACUAUGUGACUAUUGAAGAAUUCAUUGAUGGUGUGUUUGUUAAGUAUAUCAACAACAAUGGGGACAUUUGCACUGAGGAUGAUGUCCUGUGUGACAAGGCUCAGUGUUUUGCACAUUUCACAUAUGAAAAGUCACAGGGAAAGCUCAUGGUACUAGAUGUUCAGGGUGCAGGACUUAACUUGUAUGACCCCGAAAUUGCCUCGGUAGAAUUAACAGAUGGUGACGGUUCCUUGCGUUUCUGCAAUGGCAACUUGGCAGAGGGAGCUAUUAAGAAUUUCUUUGCAAAACACAAGUGCAAUUUUUAUUGUAGGAUCUUGCAGCUUAAGUUGCUGCCAUUGGCAUCCCAGUAAGAAAGUAAAUGUUUAUUAGCUGACUUUUUUUAGGUUAUUUUUAUAUGGAGCUGGUCUGCCUAAGUUGACUAAGGUCCCAGUUGGCAGCACAAAUUAGCUAAAACAUCUCAAGUUAACUCUUAACAAUGUGAUUGAGACA